CUGCGUCUUUUCUUCAGAGGAAACUUGGAUCUGUUCAGCGCGUGACACUCAUUUAUCCACUCAAUUAACAGCUAAUUACAAGCCUAUUCUGAAACCCGGACUGUGUGUUUGUCUGUGCGUGAUUCAUCACAGUCCUAACUACGAGCUCAGUGCUGUUAAACCCUGGACGGCUGAAUCAACCUCUGGAGACAUAAACUGGCUAUAGAGACAGUCGGCGGGGGACUCGGGCAGACAUGUCAGACAACGCCUGUUGCGACUUUGAAAUCGACGUGGAAAGUCUGGAGACGGAGAGCGAUGACCUGGCGGACUCCUCCAGCCGCCCCGGCUCGGCACCGCUCGGCGCCGCCGCCUCCGAGGACGACGGAGACGGCAGCAAAGGCGACGACAAGCCGGGCCCCAGCGGCAUGUGUCCGGGGGACCAGAGGAAGCUGAGCCGGACGCCGAAGUGCGCUCGCUGCCGCAACCACGGCGUAGUGUCCUGCCUGAAGGGACACAAGCGCUUCUGCCGCUGGAGGGACUGCCAGUGUGCCAACUGCCUGCUGGUGGUGGAGAGACAGCGUGUGAUGGCGGCGCAGGUGGCCCUGAGGAGGCAGCAAGCCACGGAGGAUAAGAAAGGAAUUUCUGGGAAACAAAUUCCAGCUGAGAGGAGGACGAUUUAUCAGCGGCAUAUUCGACCGUCCACCAUGCUCGCCAAAAGCAUCCUCGAAGGAUACUGUCCGGUGCAGUCUGAUCCAUUCCUGGCGUCCAACCCGUCUCUUCCCCCGCCACUGAGCGAUCGCAUGAGGAAGAGAAGGGCCUUCGCCGACAAGGAGCUGGAAACCAUCAUGCUGGAGCGGGAGUACAAAGAACGAGAGCUGCUGGAGAACAGCCAGGCGGCCACGGCUUCACUCCUCUUCCCUAACAACAUGGUCCACCACGCCGCUGAAUAUAACUCUUACAAGACGGCCUACUCGCCCGCGACUCAGUCUGAGCCGCAGCCCAAAGAGCUAUGCAACUUCCUCGGCCCUAACUGCCUGGAUCUGUCCAUGCAGUAUCCCGCCAGCUCAGCCAACGUCGAGCUCAUCUCCUCCAACGUCAGCGUGGCCACCACCUAUCGCCAUUACCCGCUGCAGCCAUCACGAGGCAGCUUCAUGAUGUGGCCCCGCGGUGCAGCCAACCUGGGUGACGCUCUGCUGUACCAGCAGUGCCUGUUCAAUGCCACGGCGGUGCAGAACAUGAAGCCAGGUGCUGUGUGGGAGCCCAAGGUGAUGCCUGCCGAGAGCCAGCCGCCAGAGCAGGAGACGGCGGCUGCUCUUACUGCUAAACUAGAAGGAUCCCGAGCCGCUGCACUGCAGGACUCAUCAGACCCUCAACGGGCUGAUCCCAAACCUCCGGGUGUCUCCCGGGGAGGACAGAGGGAGUGCUCAGCCUUUUCUCCCCCUAAGAGGAGCUUUGGACAAUCCUUCCACAACAACUCUCAUUCCCAACACUCCAGCCAAGUCCUGAACAAGCUGAGCAAAGACAGCACUAAGCUUUCCAUGAAACUCAACUCCUUUCACUCUCUCAUCCAGCACUCGCUGAGUGAAAAAAACAGCGGCGAGGCCGGGCCGGAGCAUAGGGCUCCAUACUGCAAAGAGCUCUUAGAGGAGGCCGCCCGCAAGUUUAGGGAAAGCUCGGCUAUAGACAUUCAGACCGUCAAAAUCACUGACCGGUACGCCAAAGACUUUCCGUCCAAGCCUGUGGGGACCAAGAUGGCGUCCAGUGAGUCUUUGUCCUUCUCUGUGGAAGCCAUACUGAAGAGACCCACACCUGCCAUGAGUCGAGCAUUCCAUUAAUUCCCAUUAAGUCUUUUCUUGCACUAUAAAUGUCAGGUUUGUCUCAGUUAGAGGGCGUCUCAAGUUGGAGUUUUGGGGUCAAACUAAAUCUUAAACACACAGACACUACAUCAGAAAUUAGACCAGCUAGAGAUUAUUUUUUUCCCAAUGUAAUAUUUAUGUACAGUAUAUUAUACUUUACAUGUGCAUGUUUAAUAACUUUAUUGUGUAGAGUAUUUAAAUAUUAUCCCAAUGUUUUCCUCAUGUCAAUAAACUUUAUAAGACUGAACUCUUUCAAUAAAAA